AUGAGAAGGCUUAAAAUUGGAAUACGACCGCAGCUCAUAGUACUCGUUUGUUUUGCUUCAUUAUUUUCCCUUUUGAUACUAGGCAUUGUAACUGGACUAUAUUUUAGCAAGAAUUUGACCCUGCUGCGUUCAGAGCGAUUAUAUGUCAUUUCACAGUUAAAAUCCACCCAAGUGGAACAAGCUUUGGCAUUUAUUGCUUACCAAGUUGGAACGCUUUCAACUAUUGAUGCGAUAACGACACCGUUAUCACAGUACAGGGCAGGGAAUAAUUCCAAUGCAGUGUUUGCGAGUGCUCAAAAUACCUUAGAUCAAUUCAUGUCAUCCACUGAAACUUUUGCUGCCGCGCGACUAUACAACUUGGACUUGCAGGUUCUGGCCAGCUCAUACAAUAACGCAACGAUAGUAUCUCAACAUGCCGUGGAUAAUUUGUUUCCCUUGCUACAAAAUAGCUCGAUCCCACCGGCUCUACUAAAUUCAAAUGAGUCGGAAUUUUACUUUACCGGGCCCUUGGCUAAUGAUUCAACAGAUAUCUACAGUCCAUAUUUUAUGGGAGUUACACUACCUGUAUACACCAAUUCAUCCAUCAUUAUUGACAAACCCUAUGUGGCGGGAUAUUUGUCGAUUAUUGCCAGUGCACAAGCAAUUCAAGAUGCGUUAAACUCGACAAGCGAAGAUUACAAUGUCAUUGCCGUCAAACCUCUUUAUGGGGGAUUAACUGACCUUGUGGAUACCCUAAAUUCUAGCCAACGAGCUGAAGCUGCAGUUGGAUUUCAAUUGGUAUUUCCUGUGCCAAAUUCAUUACUAAGGCCAGGUGAGGUAUAUAACAUUAACACAUCAAGUUCAGUGCGAACGGCAAUUCGGUCACCCUCUGGAACAUCGACCGACGUCAAAUCAUAUUCGGGUGAUAGUGUUGCUAUUGGGUUUAGACAAAUCAUGCAGAAUAAUCUUUUAUGGUCAAUCGUUGUGAUACAACAAAAAUCGAUAUUCAAUGCUCCUGUAAAUAAGUUGAAAAAGAUUAUCAUUGGUGUUGUCUUUGGUAUUGCGGUAUUUAUGUGUUUGAUCACAUUCCCCUUGGCUGUGUGGUUCAUUCGACCGAUUACUGAGUUGCAAAACUCGGCUGAGUACAUAUCAAAAUACCGAAAAGAGAGGAUAUUGAAUGAAAAGAUAGCUCAUGAUUCAAGAAAUAAUAGUGUUACAUCAACUGCAACUUCGACUACUUCGGGUUUUUCAAAUGGGAUACGACUACCAUCACGCAUUAAAACUUCAAAGAAAUUUUUCAAAGAUGAAUUGACUGAAUUGUCGGAAGCAUUUAAUAUAAUGACAGAGGAACUAGACAAGCAAUACAAUUUGUUAGAAGAUCGAGUCAAGCUUCGUACGCGAGAGUUGGAAGCAUCUAAAAUUCAAGCUGAAGCGGCAAAUGAAGCCAAAACAGUAUUUAUUGCCAACAUAUCACAUGAGUUGCGAACACCUUUAAAUGGUAUCCUAGGAAUGACGUCGAUAGCAAUGGAAGAAGAUGAUCAAGAAAGAAUACACGAAUCUUUGAAGUUGAUAUAUCGUUCAGGUGAGUUGUUACUUCAUAUCUUAACCGAGUUGUUAACAUACUCCAAAAACACCCUAAAUCGAUCCAAAUUGGAGAAAUCAAAUUUCCAAAUUCUCGAAAUUGUGUACCAAAUUAAUUCAAUUUUUAACAAGCUAGCUGUUGAUCAGCGAGUUAAGUUUCAAAUUGUGGUGAAACCGUGCCUAUUCAGAAAGUUAAUACUAUAUGGGGAUUCAAAUAGAAUUAUUCAAAUAAUCAUGAACCUUGUAUCUAAUGCGCUCAAGUUUACCCCGAUUGAUGGGUCCGUUGAUGUUAUUUUCAAAUUGCUUGGCGACUAUGACCAUGAUAGAUCAGCAGCUUGUGAUUAUACUAAGGUGUGUCUAGUGCAUGGCAACAAAAGACCGGGCCCCUCGAAUUAUAACACCGAUUCCACAUUAGUGCAGCAAAAUCCACCAAAUUUCUCAAUGAACAAACCACUCGAUCCAAAAAGUGGUAGUGAAUUUGAUGAUGUUCUGAGUAUUGUCACCCUUUCGACCAUCCAAUAUGAAAAUGCCUUAUUCGAGCAACAGUUCUCCACGAAGCAAUCACCAACACCAAGAUCAUCACUUGAAAAAUUGGAAGAGGUAUCUGACAUCAAAUCAGAGUAUAUUAUACCAGACGCCAAAGACUUCAAGUCUUACCAUACUUUGAAUAAGAAUGAAAUGACCCAUGGAAAGUCCUACAAGAUUAAAAACAUACACCAUCCAAAGACAUGGGUUAUACAAAUUGAAGUUCGUGAUACGGGGUCAGGUAUUGACCCGUCAUUACAGGAGAAAGUUUUUGAACCCUUUGUUCAAGGGGAUCAAACAUUGAGUCGAAGUUAUGGCGGGACUGGCUUGGGGUUGAGUAUUUGUCGACAAUUGGCGACAAUGAUGAAAGGGACACUUUCUGUGAAAUCAGCAAUUGGAAAAGGAUCCACAUUCACGUUGACUAUUCCAUUACCACAAACAGGAGAGAUUAUGAUUCCACCCGAGGAUCUUGAAUCUUUUUGUGAUGAUGAAUUUAAUCCAAACUCAAAAUUGAAUAGAAAAGUUGCAUUUGAGGAUGAUAUUAUCCGGUCUGAUGAGGAGCUAAAGGAGAUCGAAUUGACCCAUUGUCGUAAAUCAUCCACCUUAAAGUUGAAACCAUCAACCAUUGCAUUUUCCAAGGGGUCAACUGGUACAGCACAAUCUUCCGAUGUUGGUGGGGGAAACAGUGUAUCUCAUAGUACAGUUUCUACACCCACGGAAUCGCUAGUCACCAUACCACCUACUUCACACAAUCAUUUAUCCAAUAUCAAGAUUCUUGUUGCUGAAGAUAAUCAAGUGAACCAAGAAGUCAUCAGAAGGAUGUUGAAACUAGAAGGGUUCACCAAUUUGGUAAUGGCGGCAAACGGAGCUGAAGCGGUUGAGUUAGUUGAGCAAUCAAUGGACCCUACAGAGGAACAACAACUGCAACAAUUUGACUUGGUAUUUAUGGAUGUUCAAAUGCCAAUAAUGGAUGGUAUUACAGCAGUUACUAAGAUACGACAGGAGUUAAAUUUUUCGAAUCCAAUAAUUGCUCUCACAGCAUUUGCUGAUGAGAGUAAUAUAAAAGAAUGUCUAAAUUGUGGAAUGAAUGGAUUUUUAUCUAAACCGAUAAAACGAAAUAAUUUACUCAGUGUCAUUAGCAAGAAUACUAAUAUUUUGUUGCAUGAUUCAGUACUUACCCCAGUAUCGGGUCAUUCUCAAAAGAGCUCUUAUUUCCUGUGA